GUCCUUUCAAGAAGACUUUGAUUCUUCGCAUCUAUAAUUAAGUGCACCGCUGUCCUAGAGCCAUUGCGCUCGACCAAAAAAAACAUGGAGUUCUACCACACCCUGUGUCUUCUGUUUUCCCUUUCUGCACGAGUAUUGCUCGACCUCCCUUUCACAACAGCACAGUCAUGUCAUCCUGCCCAAAGCAAUGCCUUACUUCAGUUCAGCAAUUCUUUCACAGUCCAAACUGAUAUGUACCCGUACUGUGAUCCAAAGAUGACUAGAUGGGAGAACGGCCUGGACUGCUGCUUGUGGGACGGCGUCACCUGUGACAAUGUAACGGGUAAUGUUAUCGGCCUCGAUCUUUCAUUCAGCUGUCUUCAGGGCACCCUCUGUUCUGACAGCUCACUCUUUGCGCUUCGCCAUCUUCACAGCCUCAACCUUGGUGGUAACAAUUUCCUUGCCUCACCCAUUUUGCCCGAACUAAGUGUUUUUGCUGAACUGAGGGACCUCGAUCUCACUUACUCGAAUUUUUCAGGUCUAGUUCCUACCGAAAUUUCUUACCUUUCUAAACUUGUUUUACUUGAUCUCUCUAUGAACUUUAAUGGUGCAUAUGUGACACACGGUCUUAGGAUUGAAAAUACGGAUUUCAAAGUGCUUGUUCAGAAUUUGACAGAGUUGAGGGUACUCAAACUUGAUCUAGUAGACAUGUCCGCUGUUUCGCCUAGUUCCUUCGUGAAUCUGUCAUCCUCCUUGACCGUCUUCAGUGCGUCUAGCUGCCAUUUACAAGGGGAACUUCCGCCCAACAUUUUCCGCUUGCCAAACCUCCUUGAUCUCUAUUUGCAAUCCAAUGAUAUCAUGGUUUCUUUUCCGAAGUCCAACUGGAGCAAGUCUGUUGAAUCCUUAACCCUCUCGUAUACAAACAUCUCAGGCAAAAUACCUGAUUCAAUCAGUGAAUUGAAGAAUUUAAAAACUCUGGCUCUCAGUAACUGCAAAUUGAUAGGUUCGGUUCCCUCAUGCCUUGUGAAUUUAACAGAAUUGACCAGGUUGGACCUUUCAGGCAAUGAAUUAACAGGUCAUCCCCCGUCAUUCGUUGGAAAGCUUGAACAACUUGUCCAUUUAGACCUUUCUUCUAUUAAUUUUACUGGUGUUUUAGACAUCAGAGUCUUUUCAACACUGAAAAAUCUGCAAGUCCUUCGUCUUACAGUAGAGCUAAAUCUAGAUUCCAACAAUAUGAACUCCAUAUUUCCAGAGCUUGAGACUUUGGCAUUGUCUUCCUGCAACUUGACCCAGUUUCCACUUUUUCUGAAAUCUUCAAGAAAGCUAAGAGAGCUGGAUCUCUCCAAAAACAAGAUCAGCGGUCGGGUACCGAGAUGGUUUUGGAAUUUGGGGAAAGAUACACUAUCGAUUCUUGAUAUUUCUAGUAACCUUAUUGAGGGAGAUAUACCACGAUCUCCCUGGAAAGAGUUGGCGGAUGUCGAUCUUAGUGAUAACUUAUUCCAGGGACCGCUUCCAAUUCCACCACUCCCCAUAUUCUUCUUUUCGGCCAGCCAAAACAGCUUCAGUGGAGAGAUUCCAUCUUCCUUUUGCAAAUUAAGCUCCCUUAGUUAUCUACUCUUGGCUAAUAACAAUCUCUCUGGCUCUAUUCCUAAUUGUUUGGGAAACUUAACCGAGCUCUCUGAACUAGACUUGGGUGCAAAUAAGUUUGAAGGAAGAUUACCGCCGUCUUUGGAAAAUUGCACAUCAUUGUCGCAGCUAAACGUAAGUUACAACAAAAUCAAUGAUACUUUUCCGAGGUGGUUGCUAGAAGCACCCUCAUUGCAGGUCAUCGAUCUGCAGUUCAAUGAAUUCCAUGGCCAAAUCGAUCCUCCAACUGCUCCAUUUCUUCCCUCCACCCUUGGGAGUUUUUCCAUAGCUAACAAUAAAUUUGAAGGUCCUCUUCCAAUUCCACCACCCACCACUCAAUUCUAUUCCAUUGCAAACAACAAUUUUAGUGGAGAGAUUUCGCAUUUGAUAUGCAAUGCCACUGAGCUCGUAGUCCUUGACUUGUCCAAUAAUAGUUUGAUGGGCACCUUGCCAGAGUGUUUGAUGAGCUUUAGCAAAGAUCUCUCUGUGCUCAACCUUCGAAUGAAUAUGAUUCAGGGUGUGAUCCCUGGAAAAAUUGCUCGGGACAGCAAGUUAAGGACACUUGACUUCAGUCGGAAUCGAUUUGAAGGGACAUUGCCGCGAUCCUUACUUCAAUGUAAAAGUUUGGAAGUUUUGGAUCUCAGCAACAAUAGAAUGAAGGAUACGUUCCCUGAUUGGUUGGAAACUCUUCCCAAGCUACAAGUCCUUGUUUUGCGGUCCAACAAGCUCCAUGGCUUUGUGAGGAGUCCUAGAGCAGCUCGCCCAUUUCCUGAAUUGCGCAUUUUCGACCUGUCCAACAACAAUUUCAGCGGUCCGUUACCUGUUAGAUAUAUUAUGAAGCUCACUGCCAUAAUGAAUCGGGAAAAAGGGCAGGGAAAGCUGCAGUACAUGGGAGGCUAUGGUUAUCAAGAUUCAGUCAUGGUGACCAUGAAAGGACAGGAGAGACGUCUGGUGAAAAUUUUAACUAUAUUCACGAGUAUCGACUUAUCGAGCAACCAUUUUGUUGGGGAGCUUCCAAUGGAUAUUGGAAGCCUAAAGUCACUCAAAGGGCUAAACUUUUCUCACAACAAUCUAACAGGCUAUAUCCCUCCAUCUACUGGGAACUUGAUUGAUCUUGAAUGGCUAGACCUCUCUUCAAACAGGUUCACCGGAAGGAUUCCUCGAGAACUAGCGGAUUUGACAUCUCUUGGAUUCUUGAACCUCUCGGAGAAUCGGCUCAUCGGACCUAUUCCCCGGGGACCGCAAUUCAACACAUUCAAGAAUGACUCGUUCGUUGAGAAUCCUGGAUUAUGCGGAUUUCCAUUGCCAGAGACAUGCGAGAACGGUUCAUGGGAAACUCCACCGGAAACCAUCCAGCAGGAGAAUGCUACUGAGCAUGGAGGCUGGUUUGAGUGGAGAACCAUAUUGAUGGGUUAUGGGUGUGGAACUGUGGCUGGAAUCUCUCUAGGAUACAUCAUUAUCGAUUCUAGGAAACUCGAAAGGCUUGCGAGAUCGUUCGACAGGAAAGGCGCUAAAAUGAGAAGGAAGUCGAGGAGGAAUGCUCGGAGAUCUUACCAAAGAUGA